AUGAAUAACAGUACCACACCCAAUUCCGAAACACCGACGUCAGUGGAAGAAGGCUUAGCUUCAUCAUCACCACCUUCUACUCCAGGACGAUCACCAAGAAUUAUCACUCCGAGAAGAGAUCUACAUCAUCAAGGUAGUUCUUCUUCGUACACUCCUCUCAAAACACCUACAUCGUCUGCGAAUUCUCUUGUUGUGGAUCAUCAAGAUGAAAAAUCAAAACAAAAACGAUCGGAAACUAUUUUGAAAAUCUUUAAUAGAGAAUUGGAAAGAAAUGCAACAUUUGUAAAAUUGACAUUUAAAUUAAUAGAUUGUGAUGACUUGAUUUACAUGUAUGAAAAUAGUGUGAUAUUGAAUCCAGGAUUAAAUGUAAAUAACAACCCUAUGUUUAAGUGUCAUAUCAUGUAUUUAGAUUUGACUGGAAACCGACUUGGAAAUGCUACCUGUUGCAGUUUACUUGCUGAAAUUUUAACUCAAAAUUCCACAAUUCAAUAUUUAAACUUGUCUCUCAACGAUAUGGGAGUAGAAGGAUUGACUGAACUGGUAAAAGUGUUUUACAACAUAAAAAACAAAUCAGAAACAUCAUCUCUAUUACUACCGCGCCAACCAUCGUCAUCAUCGGAGCUGAAUGACCAGUCUCAGCAACAUGUAAAUACCACUCUGAAACAUUUGGAUUUGACAGGAAAUAGAAUUGGAGAAGAAGGAAUACGUACUCUAAUCGACGUCGUUAAGAAUAAUGACUCACUGGUAACUUUGAGUGUUCGAUCGAAUCGAGUGAAAAGCAGUAGUGGUGUCGAUGCUUUGAUGGAAUUGAUGGCACUAGCAAUGUCUGGUUCUCAUUCUGUGCGAGAAGUUUUUGUGUGA